AGAAGUAGCAGAUCACAGAUCUCCUCGUUCUCUCAGACAAAGCUGGAGGAUAGAGAGAAAAAUGGAGCGCUUUUGUCUGUGGAGGUUUUUAAUACUGUUGCAAGUGUGUUAUUUGUGUCUGGUCUCCGCGUCAGGGAAUCAGUGGAAGACAUUUAAAGACCAGAUUUCGGAUGCUGUUAAAAGUUACACCCCAUGCAAUGCUGCAAACUGCAGCUGCCAUCUAAGUGUCCUACAACAUGACUUGCAGCCGUUUAGAGGGAAAAUCUCCGAAGAUGUCAUGGCUGCGACCCUUGAAAGAGGAGUGGGCACCCAUUACCAGAUCAUUGGACACAAGUUGUACAGGGAGCACAACUGUAUGUUUCCGGCCAGGUGCAGCGGGGUGGAGCAUUUCAUCCUGGAGGUGAUCGACAGGUUGCCUGACUUGGAGAUGGUUGUAAAUGUCAGGGAUUACCCUCAAGUCCCCAGCUGGGUGCAGCCGACGCUGCCAGUCUUCUCUUUCAGUAAGACAGCAGACUACCAGGACAUCAUGUACCCAGCGUGGACGUUUUGGGAGGGUGGGCCUGCUGUGUGGCCGAUAUACCCCACUGGACUGGGACGAUGGGAUUUGAUGAGGGAUGACCUUAAAAAGUCUGCGGCACAGUGGCCAUGGAAGAAGAAGGAGUCCAGAGGAUUCUUUAGAGGCUCCAGAACCAGUCCCGAGCGUGACCCUCUGAUUGUUCUGUCAAGAGAAGCUCCAGACCUAGUGGAUGCAGAGUACACAAAGAACCAGGCCUGGAAAUCUGAGAGGGACACACUCGGGAGACCGCCGGCCAAAGAAAUUCCACUUGUCAAUCACUGCAAGUACAAAUAUUUAUUCAACUUCCGCGGUGUGGCUGCCAGUUUCCGCUUCAAACACCUCUUUCUCUGUGGCUCCCUGGUGUUCCAUGUGGGCGAUGAAUGGCAGGAGUUUUUUUACCCUCAGCUCAAGCCCUGGGUGCACUACAUCCCAGUCAAGCAGGAUCUCUCUGAUGUCAGAGAACUACUACAGUUUGUCAAGGAGAAUGACGCCAUCGCACAGGAGAUUGCCAGAAGGGGUAAUGAAUUCAUCCUCAACCACCUGCGGAUGCAAGAUGUUUCCUGCUACUGGGAGAGACUCCUCACAGAGUUCAGCCGCCUUCUCACCUACGAAGCCAAGCUAAAGAACAACUACAACCAGAUUGUUCACAGAGCCAGCAAGACAGAGCUAUAGGAGACUCUGCAAGACCAGGGGCCUCAUUUAUAAAUCAGAUUUUUUUUUUUUUUUGCCGUUAUGAUUCAUUUCCUCAUUUGGACGUAUGCAAACAUGUAGUUUUAUAAAUGAGGUUCCAGGGCAGCUGUAGUGAAGGUAAAUUCCAGAUAAUGAAUGUAAUCACUGCACAGCAACAUAUGAUUUCCUCACAAGCAACAUUGGACGUGUGUCUUACAGGACUUGCAGGGCAUGGAGCUUCUCUUCGUUUUUUUUUCUUUUAGUUUAGUGUGUUGACUGUGAAUGCUUCCACACCUUCGGGUGCCACUAGGUGCCAAUUCUUCAUCUCUUUCCAGUUCAAUUAAUUGGGAUGCCUUUUAAAAAUAACUCACCAGCAAAGCAUCGUCCGCAUGAGCUGCGUUUUUAGACUUUUAAUAAAUAACCCUGGUGAUGUCAUAGCGAUGUCAUCAGGGUUGCAUCUGUUUGGGCUGAAAGGGCGUGGGGCUUGAAAGAAAUGGCAGGAAGUCAUCCAUUUGCCAAGUUGCGCUGUGGGAAGUGUAGGAUCCAGUGUUUUCGGCCUUUGAUGCAUACAAAGGACUAAAAGUCGGGAUAUUUCGUACUCUGGUACUUUAAUUUUGACUGUUCUUUUUUAAAUCUGUCUCUUAUGAAUCCACCAACUUUAGUGAAGUGGCACAUUAAAAAGCUUGAGUAGUGCUUGAACAUGCAGUUUUAAGACUUAAGAUGAAAAUCGGUCCUCUUGGAUUUUAUUUUAAUGUUUUCAAUUUUGUUUCUGAACGUCAACCUGAGACUGAGUGUUCAGCUCACUGCCUUGCUCAAGAAAAAGCUGAAUUGAACCUCUGACCUUUUUUUUUUUUUCUUUUAAUUUACUGCAGACCUUUCAACAAAAUCAAAAGACAAUAUUGCACAUCCAUAAAUACUUGAAUCAAGGCACAGCAGAGCACGAUGUUGAAUUUCGUAAGCUGCUUAAAUAUCCACAACGGUUCUAGCAAUAAUAAUUACACGUGCAGAUGCCAUAAUGUAACAUGUUUAAUACAUAAAGGGACAUUUACUUGGUUGAUCUGUUGAUGGUGAGUGUCAUUAAUUUUGAAUUUACUAGGUAGGUUCAAACUUUAACAGGCCAUCAGCUUUGCAACACUGCCCUCUACUGGGCAACUGAGCUAACUCCAGCAGACCAUAACCAUGUGUCAUUACAGCAACAUAUCUGUGAUUCUGCCACAAUUUAAAUAACACAAAAAACAUUAUUCACAGUCAACAUUUAAUUACACAGUAAGUGCCAACAUAAAGCAAUAAUCACUUUAGAGUAAUUAGUUUUACUUUUACGUGUGGAGUUUCCAAGAAACACUCAUGUUAACUGUUUUUACUUUUUUAUGAUGAUGAUGUAUAGUUGAUACAGGAGAAUGUUGAAUAUGUUGUAGUAUUCACAUUGGAUUGUAAACAAGCCGAUUCUCACUGAUGUGUGUUUUUUACAGUGUUAUUAAGAACUGGUCCAUUAGUAUGGUGAUUUGACCAAAAAGCUGUGAUCGUGUGCCUCAUCAACAUUUGACAUCCAGGUUGUUGUCGCAGCUUGUGCAGCAUUUCUUUUCUAAUGCCAAUAAAAAGUUCUUAAGUCAUCUUAGA